AUGCCCUACAAAGUAACCCUGAUGUCCGCCGUCGACGAUCUCACAGACGAGGGCCGAAUAAUCGGGGCUAUCAACACGGUCUUCAUCCGCAAGACCUCCGACGGACGCAGGAGGUACAUCGGCACCAACACCGACUGCGUGGGAGUCCGAGAAGCCUUCCUACAGAACUACCCUGGCAUUCUUUCCCAGUCAGUUGGCAAGCCGGGCUUAGUGAAUGGAGGCGGCGGGGCGUGUCGAGCCGCGAUUUACGCGCUGUGGAAGUGGAUGGGCGUGAGCAAGAUAUACAUUGUGAACAGACUUGAGUCGGAGGUCAAGUCGAUUAUCGACUCGUUCCGUGCGACUGGCUUUGACGGAGAGCUGGUUUGGGUUUCAUCUGUUGAGCAGGCGGCGGCACUGGAUGCUCCAGUCUUAUGUGUUGGGACUGUGCCGGACUUUCCACCGGUGGAAGAUGGAGAGAUCCUGGCAAGGAAGAUUGUGGAGACGUUUUUGGAAAAGAAGGAGAAGGGGUAUGUUCUUGAGAUGUGCUAUCACCCCAAGCCUCGGACGGAGUUCUUUGAACUCUGCACGCGGGCUGGAUGGGAGGUCAUUUUUGGAACGGAGUCUAUGGUUUGGCAGGGGGUUGCUCAGCAGGUGCUUUGGGCGGAAUUGCCGUUCGAUCGAUUCAAGUUGGAUGCAGCUGUUAAGACGAUCGGAGAGGCAGUAAGGAAAUAA